UCCAUCUAUAAAUCCACAAUCUCCACUCUGAUCUUUUCACCGCCAGCCACCUCCGUCGCGGCUGCUUUCUUUCUCCAACUGUUUCAAUUCACCAAAAGAUCCUCCAAAAAAUGAGGGCCAGUGCCGCCUUAUUUCACUCUUCUCCAGUAUCAAAAACAGCAACCCCUGAAACCACCUCCGCCGCAAAUGAGACAUUUUCGCCGCCGGCAACAAUCGGAAACUCGUCGUGGCACUCCCCCGUGCCAUACCUCUUCGGCGGGCUGGCGGCCAUGCUGGGGCUGAUCGCCUUCGCCCUUCUCAUCCUCGCCUGCUCUUACUGGAAGCUCUCCGGCCAAGUUGGCGCCGGCGAGGAAGGCGCCGAGAGCGGGGCCGCCGCGAAAUGCGACGGCGGCGAGGAUACGAGGGCCGCGCCGCCGUUUGAGGAGAAGUUUCUGGUGAUCAUGGCCGGCGACGUGAAGCCCACUUUCUUGGCAACUCCGACGUCGAGCCGCAAUUCUUCAUUUAACGAUGAUAAUAAAAUUCAUAAUGUUAAAGGUAAUGAAAAUGAGAAAAUCCCAGGAAAUGGCGAAGAGUUUCGAGAAAUUCAAUCAAGCCAAGAAUAUGUUCAAACAUGAAAUUAACCCUCUCUAGAUCUUCUCUUAAUUAGUUGAAUGGGAGGAAUAUUCAUUUUCUGGAGAUGCAGUGAUUACGUUAUUAACAGCUCUUGUUUGUUGUUU